AUGAAUGUGAACAUGGAUUCUGUCACUGAAAUCUUCUUGAAGCUGCUCUUUAUCCUGUCUGUUCAUCACCAGCAUACAGCAGUGGCAGGAAAUAAAUAUAAUUGUGAUGAUCAGUUGGUUUCUGCUUUGCCUCAGUCAUCAUUCAGUAGCUCUUCAGAGCUGUCUAGCAGUCACAGCCCUGGAUUUGCAAAGCUUAAUCGAAGAGAGGGUGCUGGUGGCUGGUCUCCACUUGUGUCCAAUAAGUAUCAAUGGCUGCAGAUUGAUCUUGGUGAAAGAACUGAGAUUACUGCUGUUGCUACUCAAGGUGGUUACGGGAGCUCAGACUGGGUAACAAGCUACCUUCUGAUGUUCAGUGACAGUGGACGAAAUUGGAAGCAGUAUCGUCAAGAGGAAAGCAUUUGGGCCUUUUCUGGAAACACAAAUGCAGACAGUGUCGUGUACUAUAAGCUUCAGCAUUCUAUUAAAGCAAGAUUUCUCCGUUUCGUACCUUUGGACUGGAAUCCAAAUGGCAGAAUUGGAAUGCGCAUUGAAGUGUAUGGAUGCACAUAUAGGUCUGAGGUGGUUGGCUUUGAUGGGAAAAGUUGUCUAAUUUACACAUUUAAUAAAAAACUCAUUAAUGCACUGAAAGAUGUGAUUUCUCUGAAGUUUAAGACAAUGCAAAGUGAUGGAAUUCUCCUCCACAGAGAAGGACAAAAUGGAGACCACAUCACCAUGGAAUUAACUAAAGGGAAGCUGUCCCUACUCAUUAAUUUAGGUGAUACUAAAACUCAUCCUUCUAAUGCCCAAGUUAAUAUUACGCUGGGCAGCCUUUUGGAUGAUCAACACUGGCAUUCUGUUCUCAUUGAGCAUUUUAACAAUCAAGUAAACUUUACAGUGGAUAAACACACUCAUCAUUUUCAUGCAAAAGGAGAAUUCAGUUAUUUGGACCUUGAUUAUGAGCUCAGCUUUGGAGGGAUCCCAGUGCCUGGAAAAUCAGGGACAUUAUCACGCAGGAACUUUCAUGGGUGUUUUGAAAAUAUUUAUUAUAAUGGAGUGAACAUUAUUGACCUGGCCAGGAGGCAUAAAUCUCAGAUCUACAUUGUGGGCAAUAUGUCUUUCUCGUGUUUAGAGCCACAGGUGGUUCCUGUUACAUUUCUGAGCUCCAGCAGUUUUCUGGCACUGCCAGGCACAUCAGAGCAAGAUGAAGUAUUUGUCAGUUUUCAGUUUCGCACUUGGAACAAGGAAGGACUUCUAUUAUCCAGUAAACUGCACCAGUCUUCAGGUGGAUUCCUCUUAUAUUUGAGUGAUGGCAGAGUCAAAAUCAAUCUUCAUAAAACAGGAAGAGUAAUGAGUGACAUUGCUGCAGGUGCUGGAUUAAAUAAUGGCCAGUGGCAUUCUGUAUCUCUCUCUAUCAAAAGGAAUCGUAUCAGUUUAAGAGUGGACAAUGAUGUGACUUCAUCUGCUCAUGCCUUCAUACCUCUGCAGAUUUAUUCAGAUGUGUUCUACUUUGGAGGCUGUCCUAGCAAUGGAAACACUUCUGAAUGUAAUACCUCAUUUGGUGGUUUUCAAGGAUGCAUGCGACUUAUUUCCAUUGGUAACAAAGCAGUGGAUAUGAUCUCUAUUCAGCAAAACAGUUUUGGCAAUUUCAGUGAUCUUCAGAUAGAUUUAUGUGGCAUUACAGACAGGUGUUUGCCUAAUUACUGUGAACACGGUGGUGAGUGCUCACAGUCCUGGAACAGUUUCCACUGCAACUGUGCCAAUACUGGUUACAAGGGAGCUACUUGUCACUAUCCCAUCUAUGAGCAAUCAUGUGAAGCCUAUAAGCACAGAGGGAACACUUCAGGCUUUUACAAUAUUGAUUCAGAUGGAAGUGGCCCCUUGGGACCAUUUCUCGUAUACUGCAAUAUGACAGAUGCAACGUGGACAAUUAUACAGCAUAACAGCACCAACCUAACCAGAGUUAAAAGUGCUAAUCGAGAGAACCCACACACUGUGUUUUUCAAGUAUUCUGCCAGCCUAGACCAGCUUCAGGCUACAAUAAACCUUGCAGAUCACUGUGAACAAGAGCUUGCUUACUACUGCAAAAAAUCAAGGCUUUUAGAUAAAUCAGAUGGGAUGCCACUGAGCUGGUGGAUUGGAAGAAGAAAUGAAACUCAUACUUACUGGGGAGGUUCCUUGCCUGCUGUACAAAAAUGUGCAUGUGGACUGGAGGGAAGCUGCAUUGAUUCCCAGCAUUACUGCAACUGUGAUGCGGACAGGGAUGAAUGGACUAAUGAUACUGGCUUCCUCUCCUACAAGGACCAUCUACCAGUAACUGAAAUUGUGAUCACAGAUACUGACAGACCAAACUCAGAAGCUGCUUACAAACUGGGGCCUUUGCUUUGCCGUGGUGAUAGAACAUUUUGGAAUUCAGCUUCCUUCAACACAGAGACGUCCUACCUGCAUUUCCCCACCUUCCAUGGAGAACUUAGUGCAGAUGUCUCAUUUUUCUUUAAAACUACUGCUUCCUCAGGAGUGUUUUUAGAGAACCUGGGAAUUCAAGAUUUCAUAAGGAUAGAGUUGCAGUCUCCAUCUGAAGUGGUUUUUUCCUUUGACGUGGGAAAUGGACCUAGCGAAGUCAUAGUGCAAUCACGCCAUUCCUUAAAUGACAACCAGUGGCAUUAUGUGAAGGCUGAACGAAAUGUCAAAGAGGCUUCCUUACAAAUAGAUCAGCUUCCUCAAAGAUCUCACAGUGCUCCACCUGAUGGACAUAUUCGCUUGCAGCUCAACAGCCAGCUUUUUGUAGGUGGAACAGCAUCCAGGCAGAAGGGAUUUUUGGGAUGCAUUCGUUCAUUACGGUUGAAUGGAAUGGCCCUUGAUCUGGAAGAGAGAGCAAAGAUAACACCAGGAGUUGAACCAGGCUGUCCUGGACAUUGUAGCAGCUAUGGUAACCUGUGUCACAAUGGUGGAAAAUGUAGAGAGAAAUACAGUGGAUUUUCCUGUGACUGCAGUUUCUCAGCCUAUGCUGGUCCAUUCUGCAAGAAAGAGAUCUCUGCCUACUUUUGGACUGGCACUUCUGUGACAUAUAACUUUCAAGAAUACUACACAUUAGCUAAAAAUUCCAGUUCUCAUGCUUCUUCUUUCUAUGCGGACAUGACAUUGACCCGGGAAGAAAUUACAUUUGCCUUUCGAACAACUCGGACACCAAGCUUACUGCUCUAUGUCAGCUCCUUCUACAAGGAAUACCUCUCGGUCAUUCUCACCAGGAACGGGAGUUUACAGGUUAGGUACAAGUUAGAUAGCCAUCAAGAUCCUGAUGUCUUCAGCAUCACUUUCAAAAGCAUGGCUGAUGGACAACUACAACAUGUGAAGAUUAACAGAGAGGAGGAAAAGCUCUUUGUAGAGGUUAACCAGAAGGAAAGAAUGAAGUUUAUUCUGUCUUCAGGCACAGAAUUCAAUGCAAUCAAGUCUCUCACACUUGGCAAGAUUUUAGAAAACAGCGAUGUAGAUGAGGAGACUAUGAAGGCAAACUCUCAGGGGUUUGUUGGCUGUCUAUCUUCAGUGCAGUUCAACCACAUUGCUCCUUUGAAAGCUGCACUGCACCACAGUAGCUCAGCCCCUGUCAUUGUAAAAGGGCGUUUCACUGAAUCCAACUGUGGUACUUUAACUGGAGCUGACUCAACAUCAAGUGAAACAACCCAUUCAUUUGCAGAUCACUCUGGACCAAUAGAUGAGGGAAAGCCCUUAGCUAAUGCAAUCAGAAGUGACUCUGCAAUUAUUGGAGGUGUGAUAGCAGUUGUCAUAUUCAUCCUACUUUGCAUCACGGCCAUAGCCAUACGCAUUUACAAAAAAAGCAUAUACUCAAAAAAUGAGACAAAAGGAUCUGAAAAUGAAGACAGUGCUGAAUCUGCAUUGAAAAGUGAGCUCAGCAUGCAAAACACAGCCAAUGAAAAUCAAAAGGAAUACUUCUUCUGA